UUCCUCCCUCCGUGUCAGCGGCAGCCAUUUCUGUGGAGGCUCUGACGCUGAUUGGCUGCCUUCCUCCCCCCGGGAGCCGGAAAGCGGAAGCGUGUGUUUACCGGUGAGCUGGCUGCUGCUGUGGCAGGAUGAUCGGGGACUUAUUGCUGUUCGGGACACUGCUGGUGAAUGCUGGAGCUGUGCUGAACUUCAAACUAAAGAAAAAAGAAUCCCAGGGAUUUGGAGAUGACCCUUCGGAGGCCACUGCAGGUGACAAUAUUCGAGAAUUUCUGCUCAGCUUACGCUACUUCAGGAUUUUUAUCGCCAUGUGGAACAUUUUUAUGAUGUUUUGUAUGAUUGUGUUGUUUGGUUCCUAAAUAAUCAUUGUGGACCAAGGAAUGUAUAUGGAUUUUUCAACCCUAUAACCUUCAACAAGCUCGGAUACUCACCCUCAGACUCCAUAGCUAUAACUACGCCUAGUUUUUUAUGCAGAUAAUGGUGAUCUGUAGAUUUCUAUAUUGGACUAUUAUUGGACUAUUCCGUGACAUUAGCACCAAAAUAUCAAUAGAGACAAUAUAUGGAAUUUCUGGCCAUUGCUAAAUAUAAUGGUAUUUUCAACUGCUGCCAGAAACGAUAUGAUAUAUACAAGUGAUAUAUGAAAGUGUAUUUCAGAAGCACCAACAUUUCCCAUAUCUUAACCACUGGUGAAGGUCUUCCUGAAGAUGGCAGUAAAUGGUGAUGUUCUUUAUAUAAAUGGUCUACACAACUAGUUUAUGUAUCCGUGCAUUGAUGUCAUACAUUUUAUGUUUCCGACAUUAUUACUCCACAUGUCUUAUGUAUAUGUCUUAUAAAAGAAGUCCACCUUACGAUGCUACAAGUCGGUGAUCUCAAAUCUUAACCCAUUAGUGACUGCCCAGAAGUAUUUUACUGUGGUCACUAUUGGGCUUUGAACCUGCAUAUAAGCCUUUUUACAGCAGUAUAGGUUUAGCCCAACUGCUCUAAUGGCUAGAGUCAGAGAAAUGGCAACAACAACAAAAAAAUCUACUUUCUACUCUGAAAAAGUUUUUUAAAAUUGGGGGAAAAAAUGGAAAAAAUAAAAUCCCCACCACAUUUGGUAUUGGCGCAGCUGUAUAGUUUCGAACUAUACAAUGAUCACAUAAUGUAUCCUGCACAGCGAAUGUCCUAAAAAUAACACUAUUUCAGAACUGUUUUUUGCUUACAUGCUAAUUAUACUGUAGUGAGCACAGUAUAUA